AUGAUGACAGAAGCAGAAAGCACCGCUAAUGCGAUGUCUCAGUCUAUCGAUUAUAAUAACUAUACAGUGAAUCGUUCAUAUCCGACAACGGCAUAUAAUUAUCGUCAUGAUAAUUCUUGGGAAAAAGCAAAUUACGGAACAUUUCAUCAUCAAUCAUCAUUAUUUUCAACCGGUGGUAUUUCAUCCAUUAAUAAAUUCUAUCAUCCAUCUUUCAACGCCAUUCCGAAUCUCAAUAAUACAAAUCCAAAUUUCUAUCGGCGUCAUACUGAAUCAACCUUACAGACAUCGACUUCGCUCUAUCCCUCGUCUACAUCUAAUCAUUCUUCAAAUGUUCCAUUUAAUUAUUCAAAUCAUUCAUCGGGACUUUUUUUUGAUUGGAACAAUAAUGGAUCAUCUCUAAUGCGUACGCAGAGUGCUUCAUAUCAAGACUAUGCGGGAUCAACUUCAUAUCCAUCGUACAGUCCAAUAACUUCAUCGCAAUUAACAGCCAACGAUAAGUCUACUGUCAAUAGCCGAGUAUCACAAAUGGCAUCGAAUAACCCUUAUCCAUCAUUUUAUAAUAUAAUACCGCCGAUAAAUUUCCCAUUAACUCCGCCGUCGUCGAUUGUAACUUCAACGAUCUCGCAAGCAUCGAAGCUUUCUGUUCCGUCCAAAAAAAGCAAACGCCCACGUUUGACUGCUCAUGUUCGUAAUGAAAUUCUUAAACUUAAAGCAAAUAAGCCAACUAUAUUCGUCUGGGAAAUUCAACAGAAUCUAUUGCAAAAUGGUAUUUGCACUGCGCAAACUUUACCAAGUCCGACAGUUAUUCAACGAGUUCUUACUAAAUCGUCGAAAAACAACAGUGCAACAAUUAAAGAAGAACCAAAAGUACAUGUCAAUUUACCAUCAAGAUUAAAUCCUUCGUCGUCAGUAACAAUAUGUUUGUCGCCAUCACCAUCGCCAACAUUAUCGAAUGGUGAAUCGAUUUCUGAGUGUUCAAUUUGUCUUGAAUCCUAUCGUAGCGGUCAAGAAGUUAGUAUAUUGGCUUGUUCACAUGAAUAUCAUUCAUCAUGUAUCGGUGAAUGGAUGUUAAAAAAUCGUUCGUGUCCAAUGUGUCGAAAAGAUAUUCAUAAUCAACCACAAUUUGUUACACUUUUGAUUUGA